AUGUGUUGCGGUGAUACUCAUAGUUUGCAGAAAUGUCGCCAGGAGUGCAAGAAGUCCUGCCCCGUCGUCCGUACCGGAAAGCUCUGUAUUGAAGUGAGCCCCGAGUCCAAGAUCGCCUUCAUUUCGGAACGCCUUUGCAUUGGUUGCGGUAUCUGUCCCAAGAAAUGUCCGUUCGGCGCUAUCCAUAUCAUCAACUUGCCUACCAACUUGGAGACCGAGGUCACCCACCGGUACUCGGCCAACAGUUUUAAGCUCCACCGUCUUCCCAUGCCCCGUCCUGGUCAGGUUCUUGGUCUUGUUGGAACCAACGGUAUCGGAAAGAGUACGGCGUUGAAGAUUCUGAGUGGAAAGUUGAAGCCCAACUUGGGACGCUAUGAGAACCCUCCGGACUGGGAAGAGAUUCUGAAGUACUUCCGUGGUUCUGAGCUGCAGAACUACUUUACCAAGGUGCUCGAGGACAACCUGAAGGCUGUCGUUAAGCCUCAGUAUGUCGACCAGAUUCCGAGAGCUGUCAGGGGCCCCGUCAAGGGUGUCAAGGACUUGAUCAAGGCUCGGACUCAGUUGGACAACUUAGACCACGUCAUGGACAUCCUUGAGCUUCACCAGGUUGCCAGCCGUGACAUCGACCAGCUCUCUGGAGGAGAAUUGCAACGUUUUGCCAUUGGUAUGGUCUGUGUCCAGAAGGCCGAUGUUUACAUGUUUGACGAGCCCUCGUCUUACCUCGAUGUCAAGCAACGUUUGGCCGCUGCCCGCUCGAUCCGUGAGCUGCUCCGCCCCGAUGACUAUGUCAUCGUUGUUGAGCACGACUUGUCCGUGCUAGACUAUCUCUCCGACUUCAUCUGUGUGCUUUACGGAAAGCCCGCGCUUUAUGGUGUUGUCACCCUCCCUGCUUCCGUCCGUGAAGGUAUCAACAUUUUCUUGGAUGGUCACAUUCCGACCGAGAACUUGCGAUUCCGUGAGGAGUCCCUCUCUUUCCGUCUCACUGAGGCUGGUGACGACUUCCUGGCCGACAAGGGACGUGCCUUCACUUACCCCAGCAUGACCAAGACCCUGGGCAACUUCAAGCUGCGCAUUGACGGCGGUCAGUUCACCGACUCUGAGAUUAUUGUCAUGAUGGGUGAGAACGGAACUGGAAAGACCACCUUCUGUAAGAUGCUUGCUGGUGCUGAGAAGCCGGACGGCGAGGCUUCUAUUCCCCGCAUGCACAUCAGUAUGAAGCCCCAGAAGAUCACUCCCAAGUUCCAGGGUACCGUGCGCCAGCUCUUCUUCAAGAAGAUCAAGGCUGCUUUCUUGUCGCCGCAGUUCCAGACCGAUGUCUACAAGCCGCUCAGGAUCGACGAUUUCAUCGACCAGGAAGUCCAGAACCUCUCUGGUGGUGAACUUCAGCGUGUCGCUAUCGUCUUGGCUCUUGGUAUGCCGGCCGACAUCUAUCUGAUUGACGAGCCUAGUGCGUACCUGGAUUCCGAGCAGCGUAUCGUGGCCUCUCGUGUCAUCAAGCGUUUCAUCAUGCACGCCAAGAAGACCGCCUUUAUUGUCGAGCACGACUUUAUCAUGGCCACUUACCUUGCUGACCGUGUUAUUGUCUUCGAUGGCAAGCCGUCCGUUGACGCUCACGCCAACUCUCCCGAGUCCUUGGUCACUGGCUGCAACAGUUUCCUGCGCAGCUUGGAUGUCACUUUCCGCCGUGACCCCAACAGUUACCGUCCCCGUAUCAACAAGUACCAGUCCCAGAUGGACCAGGAGCAGAAGUUGCAUGGUAACUACUACUUCUUGGAAGAAGAGAGCUGA